AUGCCCGCGCUAGGGUUUCGGCGGCUGCUGCUUCUGCUGCUGGCGCUGCUCGCGUCGGCAGCGGCGGUGGAGGCGCGCUUCGUGGUGGAGAAGAACAGUCUGAUGGUGACGUCGCCGACUUCGCUGCGGGGACGGCGCGACAGCGCUAUAGGAAACUUCGGAAUCCCGCAGUACGGCGGGAGCAUGGCGGGCGCCGUCGUGUACCCUAAGGACAACGCCAACGCUUGCGACAAUUUCGACGGCAGGCACCCCUUCCGUGCUAAGCCUGGCGCGAUGCCCACUUUCCUCCUCGUCGACCGCGGGGACUGCCUAUUUGCGAAGAAGGUUUCGAAUGCGCAAAAUGCUGGUGCCUCUGCAGUACUUGUAGUUGAUGACAAGGAUGAACCAUUGAUAACAAUGGAUUUACCUCGUGAAGAUGAUGAGGCUGCAAAGUAUAUACAAAACAUAACCAUUCCUUCUGCACUUAUAGAUAAAAAAUUUGGUGACCAGUUGAAAAAGGCUGUUAAAGAUGGGGAAAUGGUUAAUGUGAAUCUUGAUUGGAGGGAGGCUGUUCCACAUCCAGAUGACCGUGUUGAGUAUGAGUUAUGGACAAACAGCAAUGAUGAGUGCGGGCCUAAAUGCGAUAUGUUGAUGAAUUUUUUCAAGGAAUUUAAAGGAGCUGCCCAACUACUUGAGAAAGGUGGCUAUAGCCAAUUCACGCCCCAUUACAUUACUUGGUACUGCCCUCAAGCAUUUGUCAUCAGUAAACAGUGCAAGUCCCAAUGCAUAAACCAUGGGAGGUACUGUGCACCUGAUCCUGAGCAAGAUUUUAGCACAGGCUACGAAGGAAAGGAUGUGGUGGUAGAGAACCUCAGACAGUUAUGUGUGUUUAAAGUUGCAAAUGAAAAUAAGAGACCAUGGGUCUGGUGGGAUUAUGUGACUGAUUUUCACAUAAGGUGCCCAAUGAAGGAGAAGAAGUACAACAAAAAAUGUGCAGAAACUGUCAUCAAAUCACUAGGUCUGGAUGUGAAGAAGGUCGAUAAAUGCAUGGGAGACCCAAAUGCUGAUUCCGACCACCCGUUGCUUAAAAUGGAACAAGAUGCUCAGAUUGGGAAAGGUUCAAGAGGAGAUGUUACUAUAUUGCCUACUCUUGUUGUGAACAACCGGCAAUAUCGAGGGAAGCUUGAGAGGAAAGCUGUCCUCAAAGCUAUUUGUGCUGGUUUCGAGGAAACUACUGAACCAAAUGUUUGCCUGAGUGAUGAUAUAGAGACCAAUGAGUGUCUGAAUGACAAUGGGGGUUGCUGGCAAGACAAAUCUGCUAAUGUAACAGCAUGUAGGGACACCUUCCGUGGCAGAGUGUGUGAAUGCCCCACUUUCAAUGGCGUACAGUUCAAAGGCGAUGGCUACAGCAAUUGUGAACCUGCUGGACCAGGAAAAUGUUUGAUAAACCAUGGGGGAUGUUGGCAUGAAACUCGUAAUGGAAAAACAUUCUCUGCUUGCCAGGAAUCUGGAGAUGGGAAAUGCCAGUGCCCAGCUGGUUUCCGAGGGGAUGGUGUUAAAAAGUGUGAAGACAUUGAUGAGUGCAAGGAGAGAAAAGCUUGUCAGUGUCCUGAAUGCAACUGCAGAGAUACAUGGGGUGGCUAUGACUGCACUUGCAGUGUUGACCAUUUGUACAUCAGAGAGCAUGACACCUGCAUAAGCAAGACAGCAGUUCAGGCUAAAGCAGCAUGGGCUGCUGUGUGGGGUAUCUUGAUAAUUGUUGCUGUUGUGGCAGCGGGAAGUUAUGUUGUAUACAAAUACAGACUAAGGUCAUACAUGGACUCUGAGAUUAGAGCUAUCAUGGCACAGUAUAUGCCACUAGACAAUCAAGGAGAGGUCCCAAAUCAUACACAUGACGAAGAUCGUUCAUAA